AUGCAAGAUCCACGCAACCAUGUUCCACCUUCUCCCACCAUCUCCUCCGUCUCUUCCUCCGAUCUUGAUACAGAGUCGACAGGAUCAUUCUUCCAUGACAGAAGCAUAACACUUGGAACACUUAUGGGGUUUAGUUUCACAGCAACCAUGCCUAUGAUGCCAUUUAGAGCUUCCUCACAACGCCACGUGUCUCCCUCCAUCUCAAUCUCACGUGCCUCCUCCAGCUCCAACGCAACAAGACGCAACCAGAGAAAGCGCCCUCCUCCUCCGAACUCCUCUGAGCGGCAUCGCCGUCGCAAGUGGUGGCGCUUUUGCCGAGACGACGACGACGGGAUGCACCGUGGGUCCGGAGAUUGUAGACGGUCAUCGCUCGGGGAGUAUUUGGAGGUGGAACGGAGGUCCGGAGAUGAAACUGUCUAUGGCUCCGCCGAGGCGGAGCUAGAGGGUGCGGUGGCGCGUUACAGGGAACAGCACCCGGCGGCAGCGGUGGCGGAAAGAGCGUUGUUCGCUGAUGGGAGGGUUCUUCCUCCGGCUUCAGCUGAGGUUGUUAGCGGAGAAGGUACGCCGGAGGUUACGGCACUUUGUAGAUUCCCGGUUUCCUUAACCGGUAUAUGCAGCGGUGGCGGAGGAUAGAUCCGUCGGUUGUAUUUUAAUAUUUGUGUAUUCUACAUAUGAGAUGCAAUUCAUAGUAAUCUUAUUGUUUAGUUGAUAAAAAAAAAGUUCAUAGUAAUCUCAUUUUUUAGUUAAUACUUAAUACAAAAAAAGUUCAUAG